AUGAAUGAAGAUGCCGAAGUAGGGAAAGAAAUGGAUGUUAAUAAGCUAAAACUAGCUUUGAAGAAAUCAAUGGCCAAGAACAAGAAGAUCCAAGAAGAAUUCAAGAAGUUAGCUGAUAACCAAACAGUUUUACAAAAUGCAAUCAACGAAAGACAGCAACUCAUUCAAAAUUUGGCCUCAACAAAAACAGAAUUAGAGAAAAAGAAUAACGAUCUGAUCAUCAAAUUGAAUAAAUGCGCAGACGAAUUCCAAGUUGCAAAGAGAAUUAUGUCAGAAAAAGAGGAAAAUCUAAAACAAGUCGAAAAAGCAAAUUCCGAUUUAAUUUCUUCGUUUAACAAUGAAAGAAAAUCAAGCCAAAUACAAAUAAAUGCAGCCAAGAAACAAAUUCAAGCAUUAAAAGACAAAUUGAAUCAAGUAUCACCAGGAUCAGCAGAGAAAAUUCCAGAUUACUUAACACAAGCACAAAAUGAGCUUCCUGCUCCAACUCCUGGCGAAAAUAACGCUUUGAAAUCGGUUUUCAGCACUGCAACAUCAUUAUUUAACGAUCUAAUUACAAAUAACUUACCAGCAAGACCAAAUACUGAUGUGGAAAACACAAAUAAAUUAAAUGAAGAAAUAUCAAACUUGAAAUCAGAAUUAGAAGCAAAGAACAAGCGGAUAAGUGACAUGCUGGCACAAUACAACAACAAAGUUGCUGAAAUAGAAGCCCAAUACAAAGAAAAAGAGCAAAGAUUACAACAAUUGUUUUUAGAACACAAACAAAACUUAGAAAAUCAGUACGCGAAUAACAAUGGAAGUGUUGAUGUACAACAGAUCGAAAAUAGAAUCCGUUCUCAAGUAGAAGCUGAGAAAAAUUCUCAAAUUCAAGAUUUAUUAAAACAACAAGAAAACAAACUCAGAUCAGAGUUCGCAUCAUCGCAGUUGAGUUCUGAUGCAAAUAACAAACAAAUUGAACAAAAUUUGAGAAAUAAUUUUGAAAAAGAAAAAAUUGAACUUCUAAAGCAGCAAGAAGCCAAAAUUAGAGCUGAAUAUGAAUCAACUAUGAAUAAUCAGAACCAAAACCAGAAACAAAUCGAAGCAAAACUGAGAAAUGAAUUUGAAAAUCAAAAAUCCGAACUUUUGAAGCAAAUGGAGCAAAAAUACAAAGCUGCAUUAGAAGAGAAUAACAACAAAUACAAUAAUAAUAUGAAACAAAUGGAAAUUUCAAUGAAAAACAAUUAUGAAACAAAAUUCAACGAAGAAAUCACGAAAAUUAAGUCAGAAGCAGAGCAGAAUAGAAUAAAUUCUUUGAAACAGUUAGAAGAAAAGCUCAGAAGUAGUUUUGAAGCAGAAAAAGCAAAAAUUAAAUCAGAAUUCAGUCAAAAACAGAGAGAAUUAGAAGAUGAACAAAAGAAACUUGAGUUGGCAGCUGUUUCUAAACAAUCAGAUGCAAAUCAGUUGAUUCAGAAGCAAAUGUCUGAAAUUGAAGAAAAAAGAAAAGAAUUACAACAAGAAAUCAACAAUUUCGAGCAGAAGAACCAACAAUUCGAAGCAGAAAAGGCUAAACAUAUAUCAGACUAUCAAAAUUACAUGAAAAACCUUCAAGAAAAACAAAAAGAAAUUUUGGAAUUUAAUGAAAAGACAAAGAAGUUCUCUGAAGAGCUGAAAGCCAAAGAAACUGAAAUAAAAACUACUAGAAGCAAUCUACAAAGCGAAUUCAAUGAAAAACAAAAAGAAAUUGAAAAUGAAAAAUCAAAUAUCGAAAAACAGAUGCAAGAAAUCAAUAAAAUGAAGGAAGAAUUAGCAACAAACCAAGAAAAUCUUAAUAAGAAGCUCCAAGAAAUAGAAAAUCAGCAAAAUGAUCAAAAUUCUGAUUUAAAUACACAGAAAAACUUCAUUGAAACGCAAAAAGCAGAGCUAGAGAGUGCAAGAAACGCAUUGGAGCAGGAAAAGGAAGAAAUUCAGAAGCAGAAAGAGCAAAUUUCAGAAAAGAAGAAAAAUCUUCAAAAAGUUCAGAAGAAACAGACAGCAGACAAAGAGUUUAUUGAUAAAUCGAACCAAGAGAUUGUCCAGAAGACACAGGAACUCCAAAACAAAGAGAAUAUGUUGAAUGAUUUGAUGAAUAAAAUCAAAAUCGACAGAGAAGAAGUAGACAAGCUUCAAAUCCAAAUCCAAAAGGAAAACAAUGAUUUGAAGAAGUCAAAAAGCGAUUUCUUCGAAAAAUCAUCAAAAUUGGCCGACCAAGAAAAAAUUUUAUCAGAAAAGGAAAUUCAGCUCAGAAAUCAGAAGGAGAUUUUUCAGAAGGAAAAUGGUCAGAUGGAAGAUAAGAUCGCAGAGCUUGAGAACACUAAGAAACAGCUUCUCGAUUCACAAACAAAAGUUCAAAACUUCCAAUUGUACAUUGUAGAUUUGGAAGACAAAAAUAAAAUUUUGUCUGAAAAUUUACAAAAAGUGACAGAAAAAUUUACAAAAAGUGACAGUCAAUUAAAAGAGUUAUUUGCUCUUAAAGAUGAUUUAAUAAAGAGAAACGAAGAAUUGUCGAAAUCAGAAAAAGAAAACAAAGAAAAAAUUGAAAAUUUGGAAAAUAAUUUACAAAAAGUGACAAAAGAUGAUGAAGACAAAAGUUUGCAGAUAACUAAUUAUAUUUCAGACAUUUCCAAGUUGACUGAACAGACAAAGAACCAGAACCAAGAAAUAGAAACACUAAAAGAAAAUUUGACAAAAAUUUCUGAAGAAUUAAAUUUGACAAAAACCAAUUUCACUUCACUUUCUGAAGAACACGGUAAGACUACUGAAGAACUAGAGAAAACGAAGAGUGAAUUAGCCAAUCUCAAAGAGGAAAAUGAUAAAAAUGUCUCUGAAUCGAAAGAUUUGAAAGAAAUUGAAGAAAAUUUGACAAAAAUAAAUGCAGAAAUUCAGAACAAACUUGACAUCCAAACUUCCUUGAACUUGCAAUUGGAAAACCAACUGAAGGAGAGAGUAGAAAUCAAAGAUCCUUCAUUUGAUGAAUUGAAGAGAAGAGUUGUUCUUCUCGAGAGAGAAAACUACAGAUUGGCAAGUAGAAACAAAGAAGAAACACCAAGGAAACAAAUUCCUGCUCCUUCUCCUGUUUUGAGAGAAACUAAAGUAGAAAAAGCACAAACACCAAAUCCAAAGAAACAGGCGAAAACAAAUCCUGAUAUUUCACAGAACUACAUGAAGAAGAUGCUUCUUCAGUUCUUUUUGACUGAAGAAAAAGACAGAGAAUCAAUGAUUCCUAUCAUUUUGAAGUUUGUCGGAUGUGACGACAUGCAGGUACUGUGUGCUAAGAGAAAGUGGUCUGAAACACACUCUUUCAUCAACAAAGGUUGGUUUUAA